UCACAGAGACCAGGUUCACAGGGUACAGAUGGAGACUUGCCAUGGCAGCGGCCGGAGCUGCCAAAGGAUCGGUGCCGGCUCAGGGCGAUGCCCGUGCAGCCAACAGAGGAAGCAGAGAUCCGGCUUUCGAAGGAUACAUGAGGCAGCUCAAGCAGCGCCAGCGGCUUGCGGAUAAGGCUCAGGUGGCAUUUGGAGAGGGCGAUUUCUGGGCCCGCGUAGAUGCCAACAUCGGUGCGCAGAAAAGGAAAUCGGCCCCGGCUGGAAGCACGGCCCCGCCCAAGGCCUGCAAAAGGCCACAGGCGACGGCUGCACCUCCACCCGCAAAAGCUGGGGGGCCUAUGGUCUGGGGCCCGCGUGAGGUCGGGAAGGCGAAGCGCGCUUCUCAGAAGUCUCAGGGCUCUUGGCAUGGCUUGGGGGAAGAGCUGGACAAGGCGCAGAAGCUUAACAAGCUCGUGCAAACCACUUCGAGUGCCAAAGGCGCACAUGAAGGACCUUGUGCAGAUUGCGUCACAGCUCCGCGCCCCAAAGAGGUGAAGCCUCUGGAAGAGCCUGAAGCGGCUCCGGAAAGGCCAGCGCGAAGCCUGCCGGCGAGGCCGGAGGUUGACCCAAGAUCCGAAGCUGUGGAAGCCACGGUGCGGGAAUUGGAGAAGCUGGCUGUCCUGCUGGAGGAGCAGCAGGUGCAGGAGGUUGAGGACACUCAAAUUGACGAAGAGGAGGAGUCCGAAGAGGACGAAGACGAGACCUUCAGUGAAGAAUACUGCUCGCCCUCAGGGGGCCCGCUCUUCCCUGAGACGGAGACGUCAAGCCAGUCAGGAGCGUCAAAAAGCCAGAUCGGGAUCGGCGCUUCCGCCGCACAGCGACUCUGGAUUUGGACAACAUACCGCUUCUGAGUUGACGCGUUCACCUGCUGCAAAGCGCGGAGGGCUGAUCAAUUCUUUGGCAGUGCCGCCG